UAUGAGAGAUUUUUGCAUGCAAAGUUUUGGGACUACUGGUAUGAGUUGGAGCACAUCAACUCAAUCUUGUCAACAAAAGAAUUUACUAUAAGUGCUCAUUUACAAAUUCCUCUGGUUUUUCUCACAGCUGUGAAUGUCAUUUAACUUCAUUCUCCUGGAAAGGCAGGGAACUACUCCACUGUACAUCGCUACUUGAAAAGAGGGACUAUUUCUUUUGACUGUACAGCUUACAUACUGUACUACCACAGCAUCCUGCUCAUCUUUCAGUCUGCAUGUGAACGAAAUUAAGGGAUACAGCUCACCCAGUCUCAGGUUUUAACUACAAGACUUUUAUUUUUGGGAGCGAAGGUCCUUCUGUCUGUUUUGGGAUCUUUUUUGACUGCCUCUUCAGACAAGUUUGCUACUAUAUUAGAAUGCCUGGUUCCAGCGGUGUGAAUGUAGAGACCUCUUGUGAGGCUUUGUGUCGAACCCUGGUGUCUCAGAACGGACUACAAAGAGAGACGGCUGACAUCUCCCAGUCUGUACUCUACACAUCACUGAUGGGCCUGCUGUUGGUUGCUGACAAUGAGAAAGAGCCACUCGCCUUAGGAAGUGGAAGGGUUGGCCUUCGAAAUAUAGGAAAUACCUGUUUCCUCAAUGCAGUGGUACAAUGUUUGUCUCACACAUGUGGCCUGCGGAAUUAUUGUCUCAUAAAGUCUUACAAGCAUGAGAAGUUCUCCAAAGAAGAUGCAAAGCUCAUGGAAGCUUUCUCUCAGGUGCUGUCAGGCCUUUGGGAUGUAAACGAAGGAGACACAGUUGUAAAUCCUCGACAGUUUUACAGUAUUUUCAAAGAAGCGGUGCCUUACUUCAGUGGUUACAGUCAACAGGAUGCUCAGGAAUUCCUCAGGUUCCUGCUGGACAAGCUGCAUAUUGAAAUAAAUCGCAGACCUUACAUCAAAAGAACGGGAAGGGAGCCCGAGCAAAAAUAUGCCAGAUUUAGGCUUUCAGAAGAAGCAGCUGUCAUGUGGAAGAAACACUUGGAGAGAGAUGACAGCAUAAUAGUAGACCUGUUCUCAGGUCAGCUGCGGAGCUCUCUGCAUUGCUCAAUUUGCUCACACUACUCCAACACAUUCGAUGUGUUCUGUGAUCUGUCGCUGCCAAUCCCCAAGAGGAGCUCCGGAGGGGAGGUGACGCUGCGGGAGUGCCUAGACCUCUUUUCUCAAGAGGAAAAACUGGACAAGGAGAAUUCCCCAAUGUGUGAGAGGUGUAACCGGCAUACAGCGUGCACAAAGAGGCUGUCCAUCCAGAGGUUUCCCCAGGUUAUAGUGAUCCAUCUGAACCGUUUUACAACAUCACGGUGGUCUAUCAGUAAAAGCACGGUGUAUGUGUCUUUCCCGCUCACUAAUCUGGACCUUGGACCCUAUGGACCUGUCGACUGCGGCUCAGUCCUUUAUGAUUUAUAUGCAAUAUGUAACCAUGCUGGGACAGUGAAUAUGGGCCAUUACACAGCCUGCUGUUUAGAUGACAAGUGUUGGUGCUUCUACAAUGAUUCCAGUGUGACCCCAGUUGCAGAGAACCAGCUUCAGACCAAUCAAGCCUAUGUGCUGUUCUACCAGCGCAGCAACAGCACCGCCACCGUCAGGAAAUAGACCUGCGACUGGCUGAGCCAGGCAGCCAAUCAGAGCAACCUUACCUUCUGUGUCCAUAGAAACAAAUAGAAGCAGCUGUGUUGAAACCCUGACAUCUACAGUAGAAACUUUCUAAACUCAAUGGGCACACCCUCAAGGUAUGAGGAGGAAGAAAGAGAAGGGCUUAAAUCUUGAACCUGCAUUUGAAUAAUCUCAGUGAGAAAAUAGUGAGACAGCUCAGGCAGUCUGUAGCACUAAAGGCUGGUUUCAGAGACAGGGUUUAGAGUAAACCAAGACUUUACAAAACCCUGUCUCGUUUCAGGGACAGGGUUUAGAGUAAACCAGGACUUGGCCUCAAGCGUUAUGUGGCAGAUUUAAGUCACUUUCUUAAUCUCGGUUUAAGGUUGUUUUAGUUAGUCUGAGACUGUGGAGUCCUGGAUUAAGCUAAGCAAACCUGGUGAUAAUAAAAACCCAGAAUGUAGUCAAAUACCGCAUGCACUAGUGUGAAUCUGAAAAUAAAAAAAUAGCAAAGGUAAAAGAAGUCAUUCUAUAAAACUUUAUGAAAAGUGUUAUUUAUACAAGUUGUGCCAAAGUACACAAUUAUAUAAGAAAGAUAAAACUGCAACUGAGAUUAAAAACAACAACAAAAAAAAAAAAAAAGAGGAAAUUUGACGUAAAUAGAAACAAAUAAAAAUGUAACUACAAACAACUUCAUGUAAGUCACUAAUAUAACCCCACGCUUCUCCUCUCUCCCACUAAAUUACAC